AAAAUGACAGAAAUAAAUACCUUGAAAUGGAUCGACUACCUAGUUGUAGUGGUGAUGCUGUCCAUAAGUACAGGAAUUGGUAUUUAUUAUAGAUUUAGUGGAGGACGUCAAAAAACUGUGCAGGAGUACUUUGUUGCAAAUCAAUCAAUGAGUGUCGUACCCGUUGCUAUUGCCAUGGUAGCCUCCUUUACGUCUGCAAUUGGACUGCUCGCUAUAUCAGCCGAAAAUUAUAUGUACGGAACACAAUAUGUUGUAAUAAAUCUAUCAUUUCUUUUGAGCAUUCCGAUUGUUUGUUAUGGAUUCCUACCAGUAUUUUACAAUUUGCAGGCGAUGAGCAUAUACGAGUAUUUAGAAAAGCGUUUCGGAGUAAGAGCUAGGAUAAUGAUUAGCUUCGUUAAUUGGAUUCAACUGCUAUUGUACUCAGGAAUGAUGCUUUAUGCUCCUUCUUUAGCCUUGGAGGCAACUACAGGAAUCUCCAAGAUUGCUAGCAUCAUUAUUAUUGGUUUCAUAUGUGCCCUCUAUUCCAGUAUAGGCGGCAUUAAAGCUGUUUUAACAACGGACGUAUUUCAAAUCUUACUUAUAUUCACCGCUAUGUUCUUAGUUAUUAUCAUAGCAGCAAAUGAUGUCGGAGGAUUGGGGCAGAUAUGGGAAAUCGCGAGGCAAGGACAACGGCUCCAGUUUGAUAGCGUCGAUUUAGAUCCAACAGUAAAAUAUACUUGGUGGUCCAUUACACUGAAUGGUGUAUGUACAAAUUUAAUACUUUUCGGAGUAAACCAAGUACAAAUACAACGAAUGUUUACUGUUAAAAACAUGCAGUCUUCGCAAAGAGCCAUGUGGUUGUCUUGGCUCAUUACGGCACUUAUGAUGAUCACAAUUUACUUCUCAGGAUUGGCGAUGUACAGCAGAUACCACAAUUGUGAUCCACUUCUCAAGAAAAGAAUUACGUCACCUGAUAUGCUUAUGCCGUUGUAUGUUAUGGACACAAUGUCCAAUAUAUCUGGUUUACCAGGCCUCUUUGUGGCAGGUAUUUUUAGUGCAAGCCUUAGCACGAUUUCUUCGAUUUUAAAUUCUAUGGCGGCUAUAAUGCUGGAGGAUUUUCUAAAACCUAUAUAUAGAAAAUGCAUCGGGCAUGAAUUUCCCCCUAAAAAAUCGGCCUCCGUCGUUAAAGUGCUCGCUUUUAUGUCUGGCAUUUUUUCCAUUAUGCUGGCAUUUUUAGCGCAAUUUUUUGGCGGAUUGUUUCAGGCCUUUCACACUAUUUUUGGAAUAACUGGCGGUCCGUUGUUAGGCGUUUUCACGCUUGGCAUGGGGACGCAAUCGGCAACGGAAAGCGGUGUGAUUGUCGGUGGUCUUACGGCGUUUUCAUUUUUAGUCUGGAUCGCCUUCGGUCAACCUCGCCCUGUAUCGCCUAAACUGCCUACUACUAUCGAUGGCUGUGAUAAUAUUGUUACAAACAUAAUAACGUUUGAUUUACGGAACGUAACAAACUUUUCCAAAAGCACUGGCGACAGUUCGUAUUUUUAUUUAUAUCGCAUUUCGAACAUGUGGUAUUCUCCACUCGGAUUCUUAAUAACGUUCUUACUUGGACUGCUCGUCAGCAAUUUGUCUCAUUUAUUCAUUAAGAAUCAAAAUGAUCAGUUAGAUAUUAAUUUAUUUUUUCCUGUGGUAGCACGGCGUAUACAUUCUAAGCGACGUAACAAAACAGCGAUUGAAGAAAGUUUUUCGUUAGAUAGACGGUAUUCUCUUAGCAACGUAAUCCACGGGAUAGACGAUGCCGCCGUUAAAAUCCAUACGAAACUCUAACAGUUUAAUAAUUUUAGAUAGGUGUUAGGUAUUUUAUAUUUACAGUCGAAUGAAAUUUACAUUUGGGCCAAAAUCGCUGAAAGCGUGAAAUAAAGAUAUCCCUUAGUAUGCAAAUAU